GUCUGAGGUACGGGUACCCGUUAAUUUUGCUUAAUUCACGGAAGUACAUGUUUACCGUCGACGUAAUCCCGUCGAUCGGAGGGCUUGGUAUGCCGAGUCAGCUACGACAACUCGGGUCCGUCCGCCAUUAUGCCCUGUGUGUAGCCAUACUAAGGCGCUGGUCGCUUUAUCGGACCUUUCUAAUGUCCUUUUAUUCUGUAUUUUAAUUGUUUGGAUGUAUGAGUUGGAAUUUCAGACUUCUGAGAGAGCGACCCGAUAGGAUGAAGAAGCAUUUAUGCAUAGUCUUCACAGUGUUAGCAUUAGUGGGAGCUUACAUAGAGGAAAUCGAUCUACCCGAAUCCUUUACAGAAUGUUUGGAAAAACAGAGAAUAAAGAAUCACGGUGCAGCCAGCUGGGAGGCCAUGAACAAAUGGUGUAUGAACAGCCACAGGAUGAAACUCACAGGUGAUAAGUUCAAACACGCCAACGUAUCACAGGACACGGUCAGCUGGAUUAAUGAACUACUCAGGAUGUCAAACGUGGAUAUGAAGCUGGACCUUCAUUCCAUAAACAAAAGACAGGCAGAUAAUCCCUCACUGUAUCCCAACGUGCAAUUUCCCCCACAGCCAAUCAUUACAGAUGAAGAUUCACAAACAUCAAAUACACAGAAUUCACAGGGGCCCGAAUACCAAUCAGAAACGCUCCAGUCCUUUGUUAAUCAACAUACCGGAUCAAACCAGGCCCAGAGGUUUCAGCCCGGACAGACAAGGCCGUUUCCAAUUAUUGGUGGGAAUCCACAGCCUCCAUCACAAUCAGUGGUUCAGACACAACAACAAGUUUUCCAAGGCUCAGUACAACAACAGCCGAUAACUGGACAAAAUCAACCUAUCCAAAAUCAAGCUUCUCCAAUUCAGACAAACCCUGUUCAAAAUCAGUUUUCCCAACAAUCCGUAGUUCAACAGCCUCAACAGGCAGUUAAUUUUGCGUCAUCCCAGCAGACGUCAUUUGUUCAACCCCAGCAGCCGACAUUUGUGCAACCCCAGCAGCCAGCAUUUGUACAAACACAACAGAAUUUUCAGCCGGUGAACGCAUUCCAACCUCAGCCAACUGUAUUGUCUCCGACCAUGUCCGCAGCUCAGCCUUCUGGUAUUCCACAAGUACAGCGGCCUCAGCUAAGGAUAAGGAAGGAGUAUAGGACGAUGACGGAGCAAGAGAGAGCCAACUUCCACAGAGCCAUUCUACUACUCAAACAGGAUACGACUAUUCGACCUAACCGAUAUGAUGCACUUGGACUUGUUCACUUUCGAAUGGUUGAUAAUAUACACCAUGGGGGAGCAUUCUUAGCUUGGCAUAGAAUAUUCAUCACCAUAUUUGAGAAUGCAUUGAGACAAAUGGUACCCGGUGUUACUUUGCCUUACUGGGAUUCAACAAUGGAUGAGGCAAUGAUAGAUCCCACCCAGUCCGUCACGUGGUCACCGCAGUUCCUUGGCAACGGGGAUGGUCUGGUGACAAAUGGACCAUUCGCCUUCUGGCAAACUCCUAAUGGACCACUCAUCAGAAAUAUCGGACAGGAUGGUCAGCUGCUCUCAAGACAAGCCAUAAGGACUAUACUGACCAGAACAAGAAUGGCGCAAAUCACAGAGCCUGCUGCCCCUGAUCAGUUUAACAUUGAAAAUUACCACGGUGAUGCACAUACUUGGAUCGGAGGUCAAAUGGAGCCUAUGGAAACAUCCGCUUUUGAUCCUGUUUUCUACUUGCACCAUGCCUUUGUUGACUAUGUUUGGGAAAUAUUCCGUCAGCAACAGCGAGCCAUGGGAAUAGAUCCCACCCAAGAUUAUCCUCAGAAUUACGGCCCACAGUCACACGCUCCCUUCACACCCACAGGAUUUGGAAACCUGCCAAAUGUAUUUGGAAUAAGCGACUUGUUUACCUCCCAAAUAUAUACUUACCAGCCACAUCCGACUUGUUCCUUCCAGAACUCCAACUGUGGAUCUCCAUACCUGACGUGUGAUCUUGCCACUGGUGUGCCACAGUGCUUGCCCAUCUCCUCAGGAGGACCUCCACCACAACUACGAGCAGCGCGUAUGAGGGGCGUGCCUGGUGUGAUGGGUGCUGGUCCAAGGUUAGGAGGAAUGCCUCCCCCCUUUGGUCGUAAAAAGAGAGAAGCAACUAACGAAAAAGUGACAGUUAAUGCAAAGUCAUCAUCAAACACUUACCAGCAAGUGAUGGUCAAACAGAUGCAGUGCUCCAAUACAUGGGUCUCUUUCUCCAGCCAGAAUACCUUCGAAAUCGACAAUGAGGGGGAUACCCGAAAAUGGGUGUUUAUACCAGUUCGUGUAGUUAACAAACGGUCGCCAGAGCACCGUAAAUUUAAAGCCUACGCAAUCAUUGAUGGAAAGCCCUCCGUUAAGGCCGACAUCUACGAUCCGGAACAGUAUGAAGAAAUCAGACCAUACUUCUCAGAGGAACUCAUGCCAUCAUCAGAAAAAUGUAAAACUGUCACUGGGGAUAGAACGGUGGGCCGCAUCCACAUUCGAUCUAAUGGACUUAAUUACCAGGGAAAUUACGACGAAUACGUCAUUGUGGACUUAAGGCAGGCGUUUACGGAGUCCACCACCUAUAUUGGACUUAAAAGUCCAGGUCAGAAUGACACAGAAGUCCUUCUGUCUGCUUAUGACUCUUGUGGUCGAAAAUGUCAGGCCUUUUGUCGGAGCAGAGACAAGAAUUCUCCGGGUUUUCAUCCCUGUUCGGGAGCUCUCCGAGUAAACAAUAACACUCCGUGGGAAUAUGGUAAAAACUAUGGUGAUGCAGUGCGCAUGUCUUGGGAUUUGAAUGACUUGUAUACAAUCCCAGAACUACAAAGUCAAUCUGUUUUUAUUCAAUUUUUCUGUGAUCAUCGAUAAUAAAAUUGGUUUGGGA